GGGUUGUGGCAAGGUCGCUCAGAAAACGCGGGAGGAGUCUGGUGGUGAUUGAUGCUGGGGACAGGACGAAUGAAUAAAAGUGCUUGUCUGGGGACAGCAGAGACCCCGAGCUAGCUGCUGAGCAUCCGCACUGUGGCAUUCUCUCAGCCUUCCGUCAGAGCCAGAGCUGCGUUCUGUUGAAGGAGGAGGGCCAGGGAGCAGCUGGACUCCUGCUGCGAGCGGCAAGCCCCCCAGGGCAGUUCAACCACCCGCGGAGGGGGCUCCCGGCUCGGCUCCUGCUGCCUCCAGGCUGACAAGAGCGGAGCCGCUGCUGGACUCUUCCCCGGAGCAAGCUGCAACAUGCAGCCGCCAGCAAGCCGGUGCGGACGUGCCUUGGUGGCUCUGCUGCUGGCCUGUGGCGUGUUGGGGGCUUGGGGAGAGGAAAAAGCAUUCCAACCUGCCCAAGCCACAGCGUCUCUUCUCGGGACUGAAGAGGUUCUGCCGCCACCCACUAAGACCUCCUGGACAAGAGGUUCCAACUCCAGUCUGAUGCGUUCCUCAGCACCUGCCGAGGUGACCAAGGGAGGGAGGAUGGCUGGAGCCCCGCCAAGAUCCUUCCCCCCUCCGUGCCAACGAAGUAUUGAGAUCAGCAAGACUUUUAAGUACAUCAACACGGUUGUGUCCUGCCUCGUCUUCGUGCUAGGCAUCAUUGGGAACUCCACGCUGCUGAGAAUCAUCUACAAGAACAAGUGCAUGCGAAACGGUCCCAAUAUCUUGAUCGCCAGUCUGGCUCUGGGAGACCUUCUACACAUCGUCAUUGACAUCCCCAUCAGUGUCUACAAGCUGCUGGCACAGGACUGGCCAUUUGGAGCCGAGAUGUGUAAGCUGGUGCCCUUCAUACAGAAGGCUUCUGUGGGGAUCACCGUGCUGAGUCUAUGCGCUCUAAGUAUUGACAGAUAUCGAGCUGUUGCUUCCUGGAGUCGAAUUAAAGGAAUUGGGGUUCCAAAAUGGACAGCAGUAGAAAUUGUUUUAAUUUGGGUGGUCUCUGUGGUUCUGGCAGUCCCUGAAGCUAUAGGUUUUGAUAUGAUUACGACAGACUACAAAGGAAAGUCUCUAAGGAUCUGCCUGCUUCAUCCCUCUCAGAAAACUGCCUUCAUGGAGUUUUACAAGACAGCCAAGGAUUGGUGGCUGUUCAGUUUCUACUUCUGCUUGCCACUGGCUGUUACUGCAAUCUUUUACACCCUGAUGACCUGUGAAAUGCUGAGAAAGAAGAGUGGCAUGCAGAUUGCCUUAAAUGAUCACUUAAAGCAGAGACGAGAAGUGGCCAAAACAGUGUUCUGCCUGGUUCUCGUUUUCGCUCUCUGUUGGCUCCCUCUUCACCUGAGCAGGAUUCUGAAGCUCACUCUUUACGACGAGGGUGAUCCUUACAGAUGUGAGCUUUUGAGCUUUUUGUUGGUUUUGGACUACAUUGGCAUCAACAUGGCAUCUUUGAAUUCAUGCAUUAAUCCAAUCGCUCUGUAUUUGGUGAGCAAAAGAUUCAAAAACUGCUUUAAGUCAUGCUUGUGCUGCUGGUGCCAAACAUUCGAGGAGAAACAGUCCUUGGAGGAAAAGCAGUCCUGCUUGAAGUUCAAAGCUAAUGAUCACGGAUAUGACAACUUCCACUCCAGCAAUAAAUACAGCUCAUCUUGAAGGAAAGACAUUCGCUUAAUCUCAUUGUCCUUAUUUUGGACAGAUACAAUUAAAACAAAAGGAAACCUUUGCCAAGUCAAAAUGCAGAGCUCUGUCUGCAGAAGGGCAUGUACUCGUGUAAAAGAGGUUAUUUUUAACUGUUGUAACUUUUAACACCUGAUAUUUCAUGAGCUGUUUACAACCUAAGAAAGCAAUGAAAAUGAAUGAGGCCACCCUGGGAAAGCACUUAGAUCUCUAAUCAGCACUUCAACACAGCUCUUAAAACCUUGCAGUGUGCUCAUAAGCCGCUUACAUUUAGAAAGGAGUUCACUCAGAACUUCUGUUCCGGGGCUUACCCUCCAAUCCUAUGAAUCUGAGUAAAGGAAAGUGUGACAUUGAAAAAAAAAAUGCAUAGUGUUGCAUCCACUAAUCUGAUUGUGACUGCAUGCAAAAUGUGAAAGCAAUGUGAAUGGUAUACUUUUUUGGUCAUUGAAAACAUUUAAAUGAUCAGAAGGGGAGUAAGAGAAAUAAAGAUGGAACUCGGAUGUUUGAAAAUCUUUACAUUCAAAUAAGGCCAAAUGUCACGGGGAGAAAAAAAAAAAUGGGAAGGUGAGCUGCUAUGACUGAGACCCCUGAACUUCCCACUCACACUCUCUGCAGAACCCCACAAAACGACACAGAACACUAUGUGGUUGUUCUAUGGCUUUUGUUUUUUCGAGGUUCUUUCAAAUAUCCUUUGGCGAUUGAAGCUUAAAUUCCAUUUGAUUGGCUUCACCGUCUGUAAAUACUUAGCUAUUAGCUGUAAGCACUACACGUAGAUGACUUAACGACGGGCAGGUCCCAGCGAUCAUAGCUUUAUGACCAAGAGAUGCCAGGAACCCGGCAGCAGACAGAAUGUGAAUUGCCUGGUGCAGUGUCCACAUGGCGAAGAAGCAGGGAGCGUCCUUUCAACCGUGCUGCUGUGGAAACAGUGCGCAGCACAGCGUGAUAGCUAAAAUACCAUCUUUUCAAGUCAUAGAAAGCAGUCACUGUAACCAGCUGUCUUGGAGACAUAUUGCUAAUUUGUACAUUAGUUUUGAAAAUAGCCAGUAGAAAGGUGUUCUGGACAUGGUGCUUUUUCUAGAACUUAGAAGCCAAACUGCUUCUGGUCUGCAAAACCCUUCUCACUCUGCGCAUUCUUGUCUAGUUUUUUUUUUUUUUUUUUAAUCUCCUUCCACCGCGUGCCUUAGGUUCACUCCGGAUGAGCAGUGUGUGAAAAAAAAUAAUAAUGCCCGAGAGAAAACCGAGGAGAGAGGAAAUGAGGUGGGGUGGGAGGAAGCCCAGGGGGAAAGAUUCCCAUUCUUAGCCCGGUGUUCGUCACUGCCGCGUCAUAUCAGUGCGAAAGGUCCUGGGUCGGCUCCAGCAAAACACAGCGCAGUGUUCUGACUCCCCGAGAGCUUUAACCUUGUCUUAAAAUAUAACAGAAUUUCCUCUUUUUUUUUCUUUAUUUCUUUUUUUUCCUUUUAGUAACCCAGGCCACAUGAUGAAAAUGGGCCAAGAAUACAAUUUUCUGCCAAACCCCACUGUGACAAUACAAUAAACCCAAAUACGACAAUGAGGUCAAAGAGAAAGAAUAACCAAUUGGCAUGCCACAUGGGCUCUGUUAGGAGUCACCACGGUUCUCGUCCACAAGUUCCUCCUCAUCAUUUUUUACAAACACUUACCAGAUUUUCAAUUUUAAAUUAGUUCAUGCCUCCCCGGUUCUUUCACAGUGUGAAUGUAUUUGUAAUUGUUAAGUUUUAGGUUGUUUUUAUUGCUGUGUAGCAAGUUAUUGCAGCCUUCCUCAGGGGCAAUAGUCAUGUUGCCAAAUGAUGAAAUGGCAUAAGAAUACUAUCUGUGUAGUAUUUGCAGUAAAAUUGCAUUUGGUGGCUUUUUGAUUCAAAAUUUUACAGAUAAAGAGUGGUGAAAAACAAACACAAUCUCUCUGCAUAAUUAAAGCCAAAAUAAGAAAAGGUACCACCUAAUGUAAAGCUUAUUUUCUGACAUUCAAGCUGUCUAAUAUAACAAGGCAUAACAAUAGUGUUAACAAGGAUGUUAGAGGCCAAAAGAUUGCAAGCGAUUUCACCCCAUUUUCUCCUGUUAUUCACUGCUAACGUUCAAACACUUUUCAGUAUGGACAAUGUACAACAGCCAAAGGAACACUGUUUUCAUCAAAAUGUGGGUGUAUUCUGUCUAACAUACAAUUGUAAUAAAGCCAGGUUAAAAAAAAAAUUGUGUUUUGUUUUGCUCUGGCCACUUAAAAGUGGCAGCUUGUGUAGUUGAUUAACUCCUCGUGUAAACAAACUAAUAAACAGUCAAACGGCUUAAAAGAGCAGCUUGUCUUUUGCUAUUCAAGCAUUCAUUCAUAAAUACUACCUAAAUGGUUAAAGGAAAUGCAG